UUCUCCGCCGAAAAUGCCAUCCCUAGUCUAGUCUCGCUCCCUCCCUAAAACCCCAAGUCCCCAAGCACAGUAACAUCUUUACAUUUCGUCUUUUGAUUUUCAUACUAGAAACAGGUAGAGAAGGGGGAAGCCGCCAAGUCUCCUCCAUCUUCGCCGGCGUAAGCCAACCCUAGCCGUAGCCUUUACUGCCAUGCCGACUUUCACAAGUAUCGCGCUAGAGAAUCUACUCGAACCACGCGUUCGAGAUUCGUACAAGAAGCCCUUGGAUUCCAACCAAAUUGCGACUACACUUAGCAACCGCGGUGAAGAGGAGGAGAGGGUAGACGGGGCGGAGAACGCGAAGCCUCAAGCUCCGAAUCACAUAUACAUAUCUCCGGCUCUGUACAUAACUCCGGAACCGGCUCCCAUUCCCGACACGCUCUCCGCGUCGAUUUCGCCCUCGCCGUACGUGGCCAAUCGCAAGCGGCGCAGCGGAGGGGGUUUGGCGAGCCGGAAAAUCGACGGAUUUGAGGUUUCCGGGAGGAAGGGAGGGGAGCAGGGGGAGAAGAAGGGCGACGAAGUCGAAUACGAAGAGAGUGAUUUGACUUUUCAGUGCAUUGGUGAUGUGGACGCGGAAUUGGCGGAGGAUGAUUUGUUUGGGACUACGGAGGUGGGUGGAGAUAGAAUCGAGGGGCUCGAGGCGAGAAACGAAGAGUGUUUGGAUCCGAAGUGUGAUGUGUCGAUUUUCGGAAGUGCGAGUGAGGCGAGAGGACUUGAUUGCCAGAGCUUUGCGUCUGCUCAAGGAGACUUUUUUGAUGCAAGUGAAGAGUUCUCUGAUGGGUCUGUUUCAAGUGUACCUUCCUUUAUCAUUGCUAUGGAAUCGGAACUGCAAACCACAAAGCUCCAACUCCUCCAGGAAAUUGAUAAAAGAAAGGCUGCUGAAGAUGAUCUUAAUAUGAUGUGCAGCCAGUGGCAGAGAAUCAGUAACGUUCUAUCCGAGGCAGGCUUAACGCUCCCUUUGCCAUCAGCUGUCAUUGGUGGUAUGCAGAUUGAGCCUGCAGCAAUUGAGAACCUUUUGCAGGAAGUAAUUGUUGCUAGAUUUGUUGCUGAAGCAAUUGGAAAAGGUCAAUCACGUGCUGAAGCUGAGCUAGCUACAGAGGCAAUCCUUGAAUCAAAAAACCAGGAAAUCUCUCGGCUGCGAGAUAGGUUAUUGUAUUAUGAGACUGCUAAUCGGGAAAUGUCAGAGAGGAAUCAGGAAAUCAUUGAUGCAGCAAGAAAGCAAAGACAACGGAGGAGGACUCAACAGAAGUGGCUAUGGAGUUGUGUGGGACUUUCUGCCAUCAUUGGCAUUUCUGUGGCUGCCUACUCUUACCUGCCGCAACUAAGUAACAACCAACUAACAUCAAGUGCUGGAGAUUCAACAGCAGUUGAUACUCACCUAAGCUCUUAGCAAUUUCGUUUAGGCAAGUCCGCCAAUCUGCUGCUGGUGCUGCUUUUCGAGUGCUGUUCGCAAUUGGUGUAUAUUAGACAGUGAGGAAAUAUGGCAGUUUGCUCCGCUAAUAACUUAUACCCAUCGGUUUCAGUUUUCUAUUUUUUUUCAUUCAAUUUACCGAUAACUCACCUAUUUUUUUAGCCGUUCUAGGCGCCUGACAGGCUUUAGUGAAUAUUCUGGUAUUGCCAAUACUUGGUCUCACAAAAUGCACUUGUAGGAUGUUUGUGUCAACUUCAGCUUCACUAAUUAAGCUCUCAUGACUUGUAGUUGGUUUUUGGUUUCUGCAAAUAGUUUAUGAAAGAUGAAAGGUUUAUUCAUGUAA